GUUGCUGUAACUGCGACUCUAGCGAAAUUUUAAAUUCUCCGGAAUGACAUAACAUGUCGAAAAGUCGGUCAUGCCAUCUUGGAGAUCAGUGUGCACAAAUAACAAGACGUCGUACAAUUUUUGGUGAUGUGAAGGAAUCUAACAUAGUGUUUUGUGUUGACACCUCUGGAAGUAUUCAUAAACUGUGGGAUCAAAUUUCUUCUCAGAUAAUAGAACAUCUGUGCAAGAUAGCUAUACAUGAUAAGAAGUCCACAUUCAAUGUUAUAACGUUCGGUGACAAUGUGAAACGUUUCCGCGCUAAGCUUGUGCCAGUAAAUUACAAGAACAUAGAAGAACUUAACAAGUGGUUACGGAAUGUAAUUUUCGGAACUAACAGCUAUAUAUCCCCUGCACUAUUGUCUUCCUACUCAUAUGUGGAAGCUGAGUGUGUACUACUGGUUACGGAUGGUUUGUUAACAAAAGAGCUUUAUGAUACAAGAAAAUUAUCCUCAGUUUGCAAUUCACGUCCGUUGUACCUGACUCUUUUGAUAAACAAUGUGAAACCAGAUAAUGCAAGUCUCGAGCUGGCCUCAAAGUUGAUAGCAAUGACUUGUUGUCCAAAGAGUAGACUUAACGUGAUAAUGGUGGCUUUCAGUGGAUGCUUUGUUCAGUUGUCACCACUCGAAUGGUGUGUUAAAGUUCCUUCAAAGCUGUAUGGUUGUCCCAAUCUAUGCUACAAAUACAUACUUGACAACCUGAACAAAUAUAAGGAGAUGAGAGAAGCUGGGGGUUCAGUUGAGGAAUUAGAAGUACGUAAACCUCUGGCACAUAGAGACUCAGAAGAAAGAAUACUACAAGUGAAGAAAAUGCCUACUGAUCAUCUUCAAACCCAAGAACAACAAGUACAAACAAGUUCAUUGCUUGAAAUUAACCAUUCACAGACUCAAACAGUUUCUGAAACCUCAGAAGAAGUGAAUACAACAGAUCCAUCAUCAGUGAAUAACAGUUGUAAUGGAAAUCAUUUUCAACACUGUUAUAAACGUGGGCAUAGUUCAUGUUUCAUGUGUUCUCAGUGUUCUCCAAAAUAUUCUAGUGAUAGAUUUAAGCAAAGCAGAUAUCGAGCUGCAAGAUCUUUUAUGAAUGGUCGGGAUCAACUUGACUGGUGGGCUGAUGAUAUUCGAAUAGCACCUUCAGCUGGCGCUUUACUUUUAGGUCAUAUUGUAUUGGCUCCAAAGUAUAAUGAUGGUAAUCGAAUAUAUAUGGCUACUGUACUUUCUCAGGUGGAUUACUGCACAUUUAUUAUUUGCUUUGAAGAUCCUGAUUCAGAGAUAAAACAUCGUGAAAACUUUCAAGAAAUUCACGUGCAUGAAUUAAUAUCCUAUUUAGAUUUUCAUCGUCAUCCAAUUCACCCUGGAGAUUUUGUUCUUGUGCCUCAGUCUGCAGUUGUUCCGAUUGGUCAGUGUUGUAAACAUCCUAUGGAUAAACACUUUCUAGUUCCUUUUCAACUUGGCAAAGUCCUAUCUGGUUUUGAAUCACGUUCAUCUUGUAGAAAAGCUUUCACUGUGUCCGAUAUACCUUUAGAAGUAGAGUUUAUUCGACAGGAUAAUAAUGCAGAAGUAGCAAGCAAACGUUUUAAAAUCCCGCUAAAUACAGCACUAUGGAUACCACAUGAACUUGUAGUUAAAAAAUUGUUAUCCAAUAAAACUCAAUGUCAAGUAACUCCUUCUACCGGAGAAUCCCCUUCUGGUGUAUACAUGAGUACUUGUAGCACUUCUCCUGCUGAUAUUACUUCAUCACAACCUGGAUUAUCAAAAGAACAGAAAAGUGAAGCUUUAGAGGUAAAAGAUGCACAAGGAUUAUCGUCUGGAUACUUAAAUAGUCGACAAGAAUGUUAUACUGAUGAUAUCAAAUCAAACAAAAGCCUACUACAACGUCCAUUCUGUCAAUUAGCUCCAUUCUCUGUCGGAGGUGUUAUCAGUGAUGAUAACACCUUCAAAAAUAAAGGAUUACAGUAUGCUUAUACAAAAGACGAGAUAGAACGGAUGAAAAGUGAAUUUAUCGAUUCAGAUUAUGCUUCAAGCAUAGAUGAAAUUGGAAGUGCUGGUAACCAGCAAAAAAAGAAACUAUCGAAAUCAGAAUCGAAUAUCAUUUCAAAGGCGUUUUAUGACUUUCAUUCAGAUUGUGCUAAUCAAUUUAUAGAAAGAAAAAGCUAUGAAAGUGAAAAUAUUUAUCGUCCUACAAAUGAUGAAGCACGCAGAAUAUACAACCAAAUGAAAGACGUUUCAACUAGCGUGGAUGCAGAAUUACAACAUGGAAAAAUGCAUAUUAAGUGGGUAAAACAGCGAAAUAAGCAAUCCAAUCGUCCUGAAUGGCGUUAUUGGGGUACAAAGCCUAUACCCCAGUUGAUUGGCCCGCCGAUAUUUGAACCUUUUAAAGAUGCUAUUACAUGGGGACGAUCGGAUCGUUUGACAGCUACAGGUAAUAUUCCGAGGCCGGAGAUUCGUUUCACUAAGUUUUCCAAUAUACCCGAACCAAUUGAUCACUAUGAUUCAAGGAAUGUCCAGUUGUGUUUAAAAGACUCUACACUCUCUCACAAGUCUAGCUUGAAUAAAAAAUACUCAAGUUACAGCAAUAAAUCGGGAAGCGGGGCUGGAGAAGGAAGGGAAAAGGGAGGAGGGGAACGUUGACAAACAAUCGUAACAGCAGGAGUGUUGUAUAAUUUUGUUUUUGCUUAGUUAUAUAUUCAACCAUCCACGAUCAUGAUUUUGUAUAUUCUCCAGUAAUUGUUGUUUAUCUCACAGGUACAAUAGAAAACAAAGAAAAUAUUCCAGGGUAAACUUUCUUGAACCUUCUUAGACUUCGUUAGAAAAAAAAGAAGUUAUUUACAUAUUAACAGACUUUUACUACGACUAAUAAUAAUAAUAAUAACUUUAGCGAUUAACCUUUGAAAUUUCUUUUAGACUGGAAGAUAAUCGAUUUUUUUUAGACAGAAAUAUGAAAAUUGCAGACACAUUUUAUCUAGCCUUUUUACCUAUUCCAUCUUUUAUCUUUGUUCUCAUUUAAAUAAGCCUGUUAAAAAUAUAAUAUUAUAUACUCUGUUCU